AAAAAGUGAAUUUAUUUGCUCUGCGAAUGUGGCAUUCUCAGAAUUUGGUAGAUGUGUUUUAUCAACAAACAGGGUAAACCACAAAAAAUUGCUGUCAAACUUUCUUUUUUGACUCUAGAGGUACAAGCAAGCACAAGUUUCUGCCAGUAUUCAGCUUUCGUUUUGCCCUGCAAGUUAUUACCACGAUCAGCAUUUAAAGGACCGUUCCCGAGCUUCAACGUGGCAAGAACCAUUUCCUCUUAAGGCUCGAAUCAGUUCCUCUUGGCGCUCAAACCAGUUUCUCUCCAAGCCCGAACCGGUCUCGUUGCUCGAACCAGUUUCUCUCGAAGCUUAAACCAGUUCCUCUAGGCGCUCGAACCAGUUUCUCUCGGGGCACGAACCAGUUCCUUUCAGAACUCGAACCAGUUUCUCUCGGGGCUUGAACCAGUUCCUCUCAGGGUACAGGCCAGUUCCUGUCAGAGCUCGAAUCAGUUUCUCUCGUGCGUUUUUGGCGUCACCCUUCUUUUGCAUUUUCAGCUCUUGGAUAGUUGUUUGUCUUGACGUAAGAAAUGAGCCUAUACGCAAACGCUUCUAUUGCAAGCAUCAACACGACAUCCACUCCAGCAAUAUUUCAAACAAAGUCAAAAGUGGAGAAAUUUUUCGUCUUCCUCUCCAUUGCAGAGAUCCUCAUCAUCCUUAUGGCGCUCAUCGGCAACUUCGUGGUCGUGUAUUCAUUCAUCGUAUCCACUAAACUACGAACAAGUGUUACAAAUUAUUUCGUAGUCUCUUUGGCGAUAUCCGAUUUACUAACUUCAGGGUUAGUGAUGACGUUUAAAGUGGAAUACACUCUAAACAGUUACAAAUGGAAGCAUGGCAAGUUCGAGUGCGGUCUCUAUACUACUAUGUAUCUACUGGCCGUGCCAAGUUCCGUUAUAAAUCUUUGCGCUGUCACGGUAGAUCGUUACUUGGUUCUGAGGUUGCCUCUUCACUACGCCUCUCUUAUGACUCCAAGGAGGGCAGUUUCUAUAAUCUGCUGCGUGUGGAUGUACGCACUCUUUUGGGCGUGUCUACCUUUCAUGGGCUGGAGAUUUCAUGUACCCAUAAUUCAAAACGGCCAGUGCUACUUUGUGAAUACAGCAGCCUACAAUAUCACAGUCAAUGUCAUGAACUUUUUACUACCAAUGAUAUUCAUGGCAAUAUUCUGGUCUCUUAUCUGCUCCAUUGUACUUCGGCACCGUGAAAGGGUUAAAGAACAAGAAACAAAUAUUUCUUUCAACACGAACGAAUCUGCAUGUUAUUCUACCAACACUCUGUGCAUCGGAAAUGCCGCGACAUCGAUGCAACUUGAACCGAUUGCCAGAAAAAAAAAGGCUGGAAAGAAAAAAAUGCAGCGAAAUUUUAGUGGAUGUCGAUACAUUGGAAUUAUUGUCAUGCUAUUUUACAUUUGUUGGCUGCCUUACGUGACAUUAAGUUUGAUUGCAAACAUUUGUCUGUCGUGCAUUAAAUCGCCUAUCACGCUAACACUGUUUGAGACAUUCGUCGCGUUAGGGUUUUUAAACUCCGCUCUAAAUCCAUUUUUUUAUCCAUUCCACGACAAACGGUUCAAGGAAGCAUUUAGAGACAUUUGGAAGAAACUGCGAAGUAAGAGUUUCUUAAAGGUGUUACAUCGCAAAGAGAAAGUUUUGGAGGUAGCGAGACUGGAAAUCGUAGUCCGUGGUCAGUGAUUGGCAGAGAGCUUCUUGAUUGGGUGCUGUAAAAUCAAAACUAAGGUAAUAGGGUUAUUAUCACAGGAAGCCUUUAAAAUGGCAUAAUAUAUGUGGCUGGCCAGAAGAAGCGGAAAAAAAGCGCCAAAAGAAACCACAGGGAAAAAAGGGCGGGAAAAAAAACCGCGGACAAAAAACCGCGGACAAAAAAACGCGGGAAAUAAAACGCGGGAAAAAAGCGCGGGAAAAAAAGCGCGGGGGAAAAAAAGCGCAAGAAAAAAGCGUGGGAAAUGGCGCGGGAAGAAAACCAACUGAUUAUAUUGUGUCUGAUUUAAGUUUUACAUCUGAUUGGGUGAAAAAGUGGUGUGAGAUUUCUAAGCCGAUCAAAAUGCGCAGAGGAUCAAAAGGCAUUUCAUACAAUUUCGGUUAUUUUCGACGCUUGAUUGAACACUGUUUUAACUGUGAUUAAAGUAGAAUGUAUAUAUUUUUUUAUUAGAGAAGUAUUAGAUUCGUGAGAUGCAUUAAAAUCAUUAUAUCCCAUUCAAAAUGACAGCCAAUUUGUUUUGCGGGUUCCUUCCUCGUUCUCACUUACAAGAAAGAAAGAGGGCCUGGGAACGAGAUUGACUGGCAGAGUGAGCGCUCUCUUGACGUAAUUAUUGCUAACUGAUUCACGUCCUAUCCGGGGAGAUUGGACUGGACCCCAACUAACGUAAUGCUGCAGAGACUUGAAGUAAGAUAAGCGCAAGGAGAUCUUGACCACUUGGACUACAACUGCUUUUGAAACAGAUAAUAAUAAACAUUUUUAAAAAAUCCUGUCUCUUAGGCUCUCUAAGAUGAAACUAUUGCCAAUUGUAAAUAAGUUUAAGCGUUUCAUUAAGAAACUUUUUAACAUGUCAAUAAU